GAAUUAUGAGGACCCACCGAUAGACUAUUGGCUAGUUCUUAGCUUUCUCUAAUAAGAGAAUUCCGCAGGCUCAUUUGAGGUGAGAAAAGAGCAGCAACAGUAGUCUAGGUUAGAGUAGCGUAUUAUUCCAAGCAAAUAUACAGAGCAUUCGAAAGUGGCCGUCGAAUGUUUUGAUAGCACUCAUUGUUUUGUGCCCUCUGCAAUGUUCAAGACCUUUGGUUAAUUCCCGAAAUUAAGUGCAAAUAAUAUUUAAUUAUUUGGAGCUCCAUAGAAUCUGAACGGCGAAAUGUUGCAGAAUAAGUCCUUUGUGAGGAAAACAAAAAAUGGCCGUGUCAUGAAGGUGGUAAGGGAGCACUAUCUUCGAGAUGAUAUAUAUUGUGGAGCUCUUAUUUGUCAAACAUGUGAUGCAACUACAGCCCGAAUUAGUCAGUCGGCCUCUACUAUUUUGAUUGUUGACACUAAUGUAGUUCUAAAUCAGAUUGACCUGCUGGAAAACACAGCCAUCAGUGAUGUGGUCGUGCUCUCAGUUGUUCUUGAUGAAGUGAAGAAUAAGAAUAUGUCAGUAUAUAACAGGGUCCGCACUCUUUGCAGUAAUCCAUUGCGGCAAUUUUUUGUGUUUUCCAAUGAACAUCAUAAGGAUACGUAUGUGAAAGCAAUGGUUGGUGAGAGCCCUAAUGAUCGAAAUGACAGAGCAAUUCGUGUGGCUACCCUAUGGUAUCAGAAGCAUUUAGGUCAAGGAGUGCAGGUAUUAUUACUUACAAACGACAGGGAAAAUAAGAGAAAAUCUAUUGAGGAGGGUAUUGCUGCAGAAACAGUUGAAGGAUAUGUGAAAUCACUUGGUCAACCAGAAUUGCUUGACUUGCUUGUACAAUCUAGUUCUGAAAAUGAUGUUGAAGUGGAAGAGUUAAGGCCCUCAAAGAAAAAAGUCAUAUUUAGUGAGCAUAAGCCCAUGUCUGAAAUUACAUCUGGACUGCAUCAAGGAAUUUACCAUCAAGGAAAACUUCGAGUUAAUCGUUAUAACCCAUUUGAGGCCUAUGUUGGUAGUGAGAGCAUUGGGGAUGAGAUUGUUAUUUAUGGACGUACUAAUAUGAAUCGGGCUUUUGAUGGAGAUGUAGUUGCUGUUGAGCUCCUGCCACAGGAUCAGUGGCAUGGAGGGAAAGCAAUGAAAAUAAUUGAAGAUGAAGAAGAGGAAGACGAGGAGUUCCACUUGAUUCCAGGCAGUGCUGAUGAUGCUCCUCGUGACGCCAGCUUGGGACAGAAGUCAAAUGAAGCUCAAGCCAAGGUUAUUGCUCGCCCAACUGGGCGUGUUAUUGGUAUAAUAAAGAGGAAUUGGCAUUCGUACUGUGGCUCUCUGGAGCCAAUGCCUAUGCCUGCAGGUGGUGGUGGAAUUGUCCAUGCUUUAUUUGUUUCUACUGAUCGUAGGAUACCCAAGAUUCGGAUACAAACUCGGCAACUUGGAAAUCUCAUUGACAAAAGAAUCAUUGUAGCUGUUGAUUUGUGGGAUCGGUUGUCUCGAUAUCCAUCUGGCCACUAUGUGCGGACUAUUGGAGAAAUUGGUGACCGUGACACAGAAACUGAGGUUUUGUUAAUUGAGAAUGACAUCAAUACAAGACCGUUUUCUGAACAAGUUCUGGCUUGUUUGCCACCCUUGCCGUGGACAUUACCACCAGAAGAACUGAGCAAUCCUCAGAGAGAGGACCUGCGUCACAUUAGAGUUUUUAGCGUGGAUCCACCUGGAUGCAGGGAUAUUGAUGAUGCAUUAAGCUGCAUACCAUUGCCAAAUGGAAAUUUUGAAGUUGGAGUCCAUAUUGCUGAUGUCACAAGCUUUGUUCACCCUGGUACACCUCUUGAUGAAGAAGCUUCAAUGCGGGGUACAUCUGUUUACUUGGUUGAGCGUAGAAUAGAUAUGCUCCCAAAACCACUCACUGAAGACAUAUGUUCACUGCGCUCUGAUGUGGAAAGAAUGGCCUUUUCAGUGGUUUGGGAAAUGACCCCCGCAGCUGAGAUAGUUUGUGUAAGAUUUACCAAAAGUGUUAUCAAGUCAUGCGCUGCAUUGUCCUAUGUUGAGGCUCAAGCACGAAUGGACGACAGCCGCAUGGUAGAUCCUAUAACAGUUGAUCUUCGCAAUAUGAAUUCAUUAGCAAAGGUCAUGAGGUCAAGGCGAAUUGAGAGAGGAGCUUUGACACUUGCAUCGGCAGAGGUUAAGUUCAAUAUUGAUACCGAAACACAUGAUCCCCUAGAUAUUGGUAUUUAUCAAAUUCGGGAGGCAAAUCAAAUGGUUGAGGAAUUUAUGCUUGCUGCAAAUGUUUCAGUUGCUGAGAAAAUAUUAAAACAUUACCCCCUGUGCUCACUUUUGAGGCGUCAUCCAACUCCAACACCAGAAAUGCUUGAACCUGUAUUGCGUACAACAGCAUCUGUUGGAAUUAAGCUGGAUGUUUCGUCUUCAAAAGCAUUAGCAGAUUCUCUUGACCUUGCUGUGGGUGAUGAUCCAUAUUUUAACAAGCUGGUUCGGAUUCUUACGACAAGAUGCAUGUCACAGGCAGUUUAUUUCUGCAGUGGAGAUCUUACUCCUCCUGAGUUCCAUCAUUAUGGUCUUGCAGCUCCCUUGUAUACACAUUUCACAUCACCCAUACGACGUUAUGCAGAUGUUAUAGUUCAUAGAUUACUUGCUGCUGCUUUGGGUCUGAGUAAGUUACCUGCUGUGUUUCAUGAACGGGCACAACUGACAAGCAUCGCUGACAAUCUGAACUAUCGUCAUCGAAAUGCUCAAAUGGCUAGUCGAGCAUCUAUUGAACUCCAUACACUUAUUUUUUUCAGAAAACGGCCCACUGAUGCGGAAGCAAGAAUUAUUAAAAUGAGAUCUAACGGCUUUAUUGUAUUCGUUCCCAAGUAUGGGAUUGAAGGUCCUGUGUAUUUGACCCGCAAGGAAAAGCCCAAGGAAAAGCAUUCUGCAAAAGUAAGUAAUGAAGAGGUCGAAUGGAUAGUUAAUGAGGAACAGCAGACUGUAACAAACGCAGACAGAAGUGUAUCUUAUAAAGUACUAAAACCAGUAACAACUCAUAUAGAGGUUGUUGAACCUCAACCUAAUCGGCCCAAGCUUCAACUUACUCUCAUCAAAGUCUAGUAUCGCUUUUAAGAUAUUUGUUGUUGUGGCCCCGGAAUGUUUAUCCAAACAUUCCACAGUGUUUUCAGUCUGCUUGUAUAAAUAGUAUUUCUUUUGAUAUUUUAUUAUAAUAAGAUAAAUUAUUAUUUUC